AUGCAGACCUGGCUGGGUGUCCUGUUUGCGGGCUCUGCCUUCAUAGUGUGUGCCCUGCAUGCCGGAGAGACGGAGGAGCUGCGGUUCCCGCCAAGCAGGAUAGGUAAACCCGCAGGGCAGUCAGUGCUGUGAGUGGCAGUACCUGUACAGAGCGUGGCUGGCAGGAAGGGGUUAAUGGAACACUAUUCACCUUUGAACCUUUUGGUUUAAUGAUGGGUUUGUGUUAUAUGUUGCAUUGCCACAAAGUGUGGGGUGUCAGGUUUCUUGGUACUUUUUUUUUUUUUAAAUCUUAUUAUUAUUAUUAUUAUUAUUAUUAUUAUUGCCAUUUAUCUUACUUUGAUAACAUAUUAAUUGAGUUAACUGGUGGGUAGAAAUGCUUUGCAGAGACUUGGGUGGGUUUGACUAAAACAAAUAACAAUAAAUUAAUAUUACUGGUAUAAAUGCAUUAUUUUCUCCAAGUUUGAAGCAGCACUGCAGACUGAUUAGAUUCUUGCAGUAAUAAGGAAGGGGGAACAUGACUGCUGCCCAAAAUUGUGGAAUGGAUCAGGGAAGAUACCAUGUUGCUAAUGUUGGGGGUUCUUAAAGGGACACUCCAGGCACCCAGAGCACUUCUGCCCAUUGGAGUGGUCUGGGUGUCAACUCCCACUACUCUUAACCCUGCAACUGUAAUUAUUGCAGUUUUUUUUUAUAAACUGCAAUAAUUACAUUGCAGGGUUAACUCCACCUCUAGUGGCUGUCUACUAGAGGGCACUUCAUGAUUCAUAGCAAAGAUUUUAUUUGCUAGAGCGUCGCUGGACGUCCUCACGCUGUGUGAGGACCUCCAGCGUCGCUCUAUUCCCCAUAGGAAAGCAUUGAAAAUGCCGCGCAUGCGCAUUAGGUUUCCUCAGCCAGCGGGCGGGAUCAGUCCCGCCCACCAGCUGACGUGAUUACUUGGAGGAGCGACACCGACUCAAAACCACCGCCGAGAGACAUCGGCGGGGUCUCAGGUAAGUGACCUGAAGGGGUUUUUACCCCUUCAGCUACCUGGGAUGGGAGGUGAGAGGGCGAGGGUACCUGCAGUGCCAGGAAAACGGAUUGUUUUCCUGGCACUGGAGUUUUCCUUUAAGGAAAGGGAGAGGGAGGGGACUUACCAGUCGGCAGGAUCAGUUGAGGGCUCCUAACUGUUUUCCUGGCUGACUGUCUCCUGUAAAGAAAAUGAUUAUUAUUAUAAAAAUAAAUUUUGGGCAGAUCACCUAAACGGCGAAUCUCCCCUGAGCCUGUGCAUCUCGCUGUUAUGGCUGCCCCAGCUGCUGACUUGCAGAGGCUUCUGCAAGCUUACCUCGAGGCCCACGGCGAGGGGCCCUGGAUGAAUUAAUGUCGGGGGUGAGGAGCGUGGCCCAGGAGGAAGGAGAGGCAUCCGGUCAGCCUGUGGCCGUCGCCCCUCUGGCGGACGGAGGGCCAGGAGAUCGAGGUCUCCGUCGCGCCUUUCCCUGAGCCCAGUCUGGCAGUGUGAGAGGAGAACUAAUGGCGGCUCGGCCGCGCACUUGGAGAGGCCAUCGGUCCCCAGGAGGCGACUGAUUCGGGCUGUUGAAGGUGUCCGAGCAGCCUACGCUCUUCUCUUCCGGCCCAACUGGAUUUGACAUCAGCGCGCACGCCACGCAGCGUGGGCACGCUGGAUGAAGACGUCAGGAAGCAAGGCACGUACCUGACGGCAUCGCUCAGGAGAGCGCGGCCAUCACAGGCCUUGCUUUUCACCGUGCCUUCCACGGUGAUUACGCUGGUGCUGGAGCCGGCGGCCAGCAGUGGACACCGUGGAAGAUUGCAGUCGGGCCAGGAGGCUGACCGCGGGUCCCCCCAUACCUCAGUAGGGUUAAGUUCUGGAUCGGAGGAGAAGGCAUCCCAGCAUCCUCAGGCAGCCACAGGUGAGUGUUGCGCCAGCGCUUGGGAUGCGCUGGCGGGAGAAGAGGUGCUGAGGUUGCUUAGGGCAGUUUUAGAGAGGCUCCCUGGCCCAGCUGCUAGCGCGCUCCCUUCCCAGUCCUGGGACCAGAGUAGGCAUGUGGGGGUGCUUUCUGGUGGGGUGCGGGGGUGCUUGCCGGGUUGCGAGUUGUCCCCCCUAGGUAUGCAUGUGGCGUUAGAGGUUAAGGAGAAGAUCAUAAAAGGUGAGUACGUAGACGUACUGUCCCUGGUCCAUCCGGACCGGGUGUCAGUGGAUAGGCUGCGACGGGGGGAGGCGGCAGACGGCGAGAAAAGCAAGCAGCUGCCGCAUACGUUUGGGAACUGGCUUCAAGGGUUCUCAAUAUUUACGAGUGUGCCCUGAGAAGGCACCGGCGUUGAUUGGAUACUUAGACCUUAUAUGGGGGGCGUACAAGGUUUAUGGGUGUCAAUGUUGGUUCCGCUAUGACCAACAAUUUCUCCAGAAGAUGGUGGUGUGUCCGGGUAUGGACUUUGGGGUACAAGACAGGAGCCUUUGGCUCUUGUUGAUGACCCCCAGUCGUCCGUCCCCCUUUCCUUGAGCGGCCAGCGCUGGGCAGCGCAGGGGCGUCUGUUGGCUCUACAAUGAGAGCCAUUGCAAGUGGUUUGGAUCGUGUCGAUUCAGACACGAGUGCUCUCAUUGUGGAGGGGCCCACCCUGCCCUGCGCUGCUUCAAGAAGGGUAAGCAAGGUGGAUCUCUCUAGAGGGGAGGACUCCGGUGAGCUUCCUAAGGAUGCGCCCUUGGCUGGACAAGUACCCCAAGCGUAAGGAUGCGGAGGUCCUGCUGGAGGGGUUUUCGGUAGGGUUUUGGAUUCCAUUUGUUCAUUCAGAUUCCCCUUCGUUAGCGGACAGUCUGCGUUCGGUGGUGGGUAAAGAAGGGAUAUUAGAGGGGAAGUUGAUGAAGAAAGUUCAUUUGGGCAGGAUGGCCGGCCCAUUUGAUACGCCGCCACUUCCCAAUUUGCGGGUAUUCCCGCUGGGGUUGGCCCCUAAGAAGGAGCCUGGAUCCUUUUGUCUAAUUCACCACCUGUCCUACCCGUCCGGCGGGUCGGUGAAUGAUGACAUUGACCGGGAGGUGUCACACGUUCGCUAUGCCUCCUUUGAUCGGGCUCUGGAGUUGGUCUGGGAAGCAGGGAGGGGAGCUUAGUUGGCCAAGUCGGACAUCGAGUCCGCUUUCCGACUGCUCCCGGUCCACCCGGACUGUUUUCACCUGUUGGGUUGCUAGUUUCAGGGUUCCUUUUUUGUUGAUAUGUGUUUGCUAAUGGGCAGCGCUAUCUCCUGUUCUUAUUUUGAAAUGUUCGCGUUCUUUUUGGAAUGGGUGGUUGCUCGGGUUUCCGGGUUAACGUCGCUAACUCACUAUUUAGAUAAUUUCUUGUUUGUGGGCCCACGGGAGUCGGAUGACUGCGUGGGGCUCUUAGAUUCAUUUAGAGCCGUUGCGUCGGAGUUUGGUCUGCCAAUAGCGGGGGAAAAGACGGUUGGGUCGGUGGGGGUUCUUUGCUAACUGGGUAUUGAAGUGGAUUCGCGGAGUAUGGUUUUCUGGUUGCCGGAAGAGAAACUGACCCACCUGCUGUGUCUGGUGGGUUCGGUUAAAGGAGCGAAAAAGGUACAGCUCCGGCAGUUACAGGCAUUUUUUGCUGGCGCCUUUCAUUAGCAACGGUCGGAGUCAAACAGCCGUUUUACUUCAUUCGUAUCACCCACAGACAUCGAGAGGAUCUGCAAGUUUGGAGCUCAUUCUUGGGUAGGUACAACGGUCAAUCUUGCUGGCUGCGCCCGGCGGUGUCCAAUAUGGAUUUGGAGUUGUACACCGACGCGUCCGGGGCAGUGGGCUUUGGGGCCUACUUUCAAGGACGAUGGUGCGUGGUGCCCUAAUGUUCCUGGAGCUCUUUCCCAUUGUCGUGGCGGUGGAACUAUGGGGUUCAGAACUGGCAAACCGGAAGGUGGUGGUGCACACGGACAACAUGAGUGUUGUCCAUGUGAUCAACCGGUCUUCGUCUUCAUCCCCUCCGGUUUUGUCGUUUCUGAGGCGCUUAGUCUUGCUUAGUGUGUGUAAUUUCUCAUUAAUAUUUUGAUGUCAACAUAUCAACAAAAAAAUCAAUAUAUCAUAAUAAAAUAUAUUUAUAUCAAAUAUAAAAUGUAUUUCAAAAUAUUAAUCAUUUUAAGAGUUUAUCCAAAAAUAUUAAAUAAUUUGAAAAGCUGAUCCAAAAAUAUUCCAUAAAGAUCUGUGUCUCUCAGCUGUUAUAGGAGCUGGAAUUGGAGGUUCAUCUGCUGCCUAUUUCCUGAGGCACAAAUAUGGUAAACAUAUCCAGAUUGAUGUGUUUGAGAAAGGAGAAGUUGGGGGACGUCUGGCUACAGUGGACAUGGAAGGUGCUCAGUAUGAGGCCGGGGGAGCUGUCAUACACCCACUUAAUCUUCACAUGAAAACAUUUGUUAAAGAACUUGGUAAGUGAAUUACUGAUACUUGCAUCCUGUGAUUAAAAUGUGACAUUCUCCACCUUAGAACUUUAGAUUUUAGUAAAAUUGCUUUGAACUCUACCCUACACCACUGCCCGACACCACUGGCUAUCUGUGCUCUCUCCUUUUACACUAUAAGGAACGUUUAGCCAGGUAGCCGGUGAGUGCCUCAGAGGACUAGCUAAUUCUUCAAGCCUUGCAGUAUUUCACCUCAAUGGGAGGCUGAUGAGAGGGAGGGGCACUGAACAUUUAAAACCGUAUAUGGACACUGAUCAGCCCCAUUAAAACCACCUGCCUAUUAUGUAGCUCCCCCUUGUGCUGCCUAAACAGCUUUGAUGCGUCAAGGCAUGUACUACACAAAUCCUCUGAGCAUGUCCUGUGAUAUCUCGACAUUAGCAUCAGAUCCUUUGUCCUGCAAGGUGGAGUCUCCAUUAAAUAGAUUUGUUGUUCCAGCACACCCCACCGAUGUUCAAUCCGAUUGAGAUCUUUGGAAUUUGGAAGCCAAGGCAAUACCUUGUGCUUGUCAUAUCCCUCAAACCAUACCUGAACAAUUUUUUUUAGUGUGACAGGGUGCAUAAUCAGGCUAAAAGAGGCCACUGAGUACGUUGUCUGCAACAAUCUCUACUUACACUUACACAUUGAAAGCUCUUUAAUUUCAUGUAAUUUGUUUUAUUCCUCAGUGUACAAAAGAAAUAGUUAAUAAAUAUAAAAAAUCUGAAACUAAAAAGUAAUUCUUAAAAUUUAUUUUAAUGCAUUUUCUCUGUAAUGGUGGGAAUGAUAUUUUCAAUAUUUUUCUUUUAAAGCGGCCCUGUUGCAUGCACAACUGUACAGGUUUUAGGUCUGUGGUGGAUCCCGCAACACCACGGGAACCUUCAUAAAUAUUGUAAUGCAAAGAUUGCCUUUUGUCAAGCAGGGGGAAAAUACUUAAGGCAAAGUACCUAGGAGAAAUAAAUUGAAGAAUAAGAACAUAGAAGUGAGGGGAAGAAGAGGCACAGAUUGAAGUGGUUAUAGUGUUUGUAGUCCCCUGGAGUUGUCCGUCAAUUCAGCAUUAAAUCAUUUUUAAUCAGGGGUCAAGUCCUGGGGAAAAAAGUGUAGGAACUCAUCCAAGAUCCCACCCCCCCCAAAAAAAAAAAAAAAAUAUACGCUCGUAUGCAUAUAUAUUUCUCAGAAAAUACAGUGCAACAUUUAUUGUAAAGUGCCAGUUUACAAAGACAUUUCAAAAAACAGUUGUAACAACCUGUAUGAUUUGACUUGUGCCAAAUACACUGACAAUGACUGCUGGGGACCUGCCUGAUUAUUAUCAAAUACACUGACAGUGACUGCCAGGGGACCUGAUUGACUAGUGCCAAAUACACCGACAGUGGCUACCAGGGGACCAUGAUUGACUAGUGCCAAAUACACCGACAGUGGCUACCAGGGGACCAUGAUUGACUAGUGCCAAAUAUACAGUGCAACAUUUAUUGUAAAGUGCCAGUUUACAAAGACAUUUCAAAAAACUGUUGUAACAACCUGUAUGAUUUGACUUGUGCCAAAUACACUGACAGUGACUGCUUGGGGACCUGCCUGAAUAUUGUCAAAUACACUGGCAGUGACUGCCAGAUGACCUGAUUGAUAAGUCCCUCUUUAACACAUGAAACAAGUCUUCAAGGAGCUUUUAAUUAGUGGUGCACAAUCAGGGAUUUCAUUGCCAACCUAACACUGGUAACCUGUAGUUAUUACCUGUACACCAUGGAGGUUCAGCAUCCCACACUCCCCAAACUACAGUGUUACAUUUACUGUCUAUUCAAAUAUACCCUCCAGCAGGUCAUGAAUGAAAGUGAGUGCUCCCUUGUAUGAGACACCUAAUCUCACAGUGAGGCAGCACUCACUCAUAUGCAGAAACUCCACAAGUAGAGAAACUUCACUCACUCCCCCCAAGUUUCCCCAUUAACCCCUCCUCUCCCAUACCUCACUCACUGUCCUGUCUGUCACUCACACUCAGCCCCCACUACACUGCCUUGACACACUUUGGAGUGUCUAUGUGUCUCACCGACCUCGCAGCCCCUUCCCUUCACUCACACUUACCUCCCUGGUCUCAUUCCCCAGCUUCUACCGCUAGCUCUCUCCGUAGCCGGGCAGCGCGCUAUGUGAUGUCAUCAACAUCAAGAAGCAGAGAGCAGCUUGUGAGUGACCGCUCCUCAGACAUCAGUGGAAUGUUCAGCAUGCAGGGAUACACUAUCUGUAGCUUCAAACACACACAAGCUAGGUGCUGAUACUGCCAUACCAUAAAUAAUGAUGAUUAGGACCAUUACUGCAGGACUCGAGCCCUGUUUUUAAUGCUAAAUGCAGCAACCCAUCCCCUCUGUGCGGCUUGAGGAAGCAUUAGCCUGAAAAGCAAUGGGCAGCUGUGAUUGGCUGAGAGUGUCAGCUGAGUGCUUUCAGGCUAUCAAAGCACUCAUUGCUUGAAUGAUUUGAUAUGGCUAGAAGGAAGUGUGUAAUCUCUGCCAUAACCAGAACUCCAGUGUGGGCAGGCCUGUAGGAAGCCGUGGAUUCUCAUUCAGUGUUAAAUUGCUCGAAAAUGGUUUAACAUUGAAUGGAGGGACAGUGCCACGGGACUCAUGGCACUAUAACCAAUUCUAUAAGAGGAAAUGCUUAUAGUGCCUACAGUGUCCCUAUAAAAUGUGGAUUCAAGAUUAACAUCUAUUUGUCUUAGUAACAUACACUCAUGUGGCAAAAGGAAAGACUUCCUGCACUCCACGUCCCAUGUACAGAGUGUUACAUAUAGGUUCCCAAGUUGGGGUGUUAUAUAACGACCCCAUGGAUACAACCAAAGUCUGUUGCAUAGAAAUCUGCAUUCUUCUAUUCCAAAGUGUGAAUAUAUGAUACCUAAAUGUGUUUUCCGGCAGGUCUCCACGUUCGAUCUCCAACUAGUAGCCUUGUUGGAAUUUAUAAUGGAGAUGAUUUUGUUUUCCAAGAGAGCAACUGGUUCCUGAUCAAUAUUAUCAAAAUGCUGUGGUAUUAUGGAUUGAAUUUCAUACGAAUGUACAUGUGGGUGGAGGAUAUGCUCGAUAAAUUUAUGAGGUUUGUAUAUAUUUUUUCUUUUGUUCACGGUUUGUUGGGAAUGCGAGUUUUAAUUGGAAAUAAGCUGAUUACUUUGUGCAAAGCAGAAUGCAAUUUAUUUAUUUAUGGUUAGUUGUAGUAUUUCACUGAUACUCUCUGGUAUUACAAUGGGGAUAUCCAUCACAAGCAGCUUAUUGGAGACAAUAGGAAAGAGAUCAGAAGCAUUUGAUUAAGAAAAAAAAUCUGUCAUCUUUUAUAAAAUGUUAAACUGCCCUAAAUUUGCAACCACAUAAAAUAAAUAAUUGCACAUUGUACUUUUCAUGCAAUGCCAAGGAGUAAAGGAACAGACAGGGCAAUAUAACAACUUCAGAAUUGUAUUCCUCUGUCAAGUAAGCUAGAUUUAUAAAUACUGCAUGUUUAUAUACUUUAAUUGGAGCUAUUAUAUUAGGCAAACUGCAAUAAAGAUAGAGGAAAUAUGACUCUAACAUUCUUUGUAAAACUGCAGUGUCCUAUUUUACCUGCUUCAGUUACUAGUGGCCGUCACACAGCCAUCCAUUCUCAAGCAGUGGGGGAUCACAUACCGUGCCAUUGACACAUCCGCUUCAAUGUGCACAGCGAUUUUACACUGUUAUUACCUGUGUACUUCACUGUGUUGGUAAUAAUUAUUAUUUUUUUUGUAGGAUUUACAGAUAUCAGACCUUUGAGUACUCAUUUUCCAGCACUGAGUCCUUACUUCAUGCCUUGGGGGGCAAUGACUUCAUUACAAAAUUAAACGUGACUGUUGAUGAGAACAUGCAAAAAGCUGGCUUCUCUCAAAAAUUUAUUGAUGAAAUAGUCGGUCCGGCAAUGAGAGUAAACUAUGGUCAAGGAGUCAAGGUCAAUGGCUUUGUUGGUGAGGACUAUGUUAAAGUUGCAAAUGUUCAUAUAUAUGUAUAAUGGGAAUUAUCACUGUGGGGAUUGGCUAAUAAUCUGCCAAACAAAGAGAUCCAAAAUGAUUACUAAAUGUUAUUUUUUUCAAUAAACUCCACAAUUUGAAUUUUAAAUUGGAUUUACAUUUUAGUUAGUACACCAUCCAAAUUUAAUAUCAGGGAGAGAGUAUAUAAAUACAUAAUUUGUAGAUCUGCAUUAAUUAUGUAAUGUUUCUAAAACAAUGUACCAAAACAUUUUAUUGUAACCUUGUAACCAUUAUAAAACAAUAAAUUAGAAUGGUGCAAAUAUAUAAAAACGAACUGUUAACACCUUAAGAGAACUCUAAGCAACAAUAUAUAUGCAGCAACCCACAAGGAAACCUGAUAAAAUAUCCCAAAGAACGUAAAAAUACAAGGAUGUGGGUGUGCAAGAGAUACUUAAAGUGUCAGUUCAAGCAGAAUUAUAUAUACAAUAUAAAACUGUCCCAGAGGUACAUAUGUUGUAUAGAAUAUGUGAGGAAAUAAUUAAAACACACUGUUUAAAAACCAUAAAUUCGUAUAUGGUGCCAAAUAGAUGGUAUACUUGCACUCUUUAGGAGAUAAGUCCCAAUGAUCUAAAAUACAUAAACAAUAAACAAAACUAGUGCAAUAUAGCCAAAUAAUGAUAUAUCAAAAUAGGUGCUCUUAGGAAUUGCACUCAAAAUAUUUCUGUUUUUGUUUUGCUAUUAAUGUGUCUGUUACAUGUUUAGGGUCCGUGUCUCUGGCUGGUACUGAUUCUGGUCUCUGGGCAAUCGAAGGUGGAAACAAGCUUGUAUGUUCUGGUCUCAUUUAUGCCUCAAAGGCCCAACUAAUUAAGGGCAUAGUUACCUCAGUGGAAGAGAAAAUCCGUCCCAUGAAAUCUGGUAAGCAAAACCCAACCAAAAAGGACUUGACUCUGUACAUCAGUAAAAGUUUAAAUACAUUUAUGGACUGCUCAAUUUCCAAUACUUAAAUUUCUAUGGAAGCCCAAUGUUCAUUGAUGUAGGUUCCUGCAAAUUAAUAUAUCAACAAGCCAUGGGUAGGUAACCUUCGGCUUCCAGAUUUUGUGGACUACAUCUCUUACACUCUUACGACCAAAAUUCUGUCAAGAAAUCAGGGGAGAUGUAUUCCACAACAUCUUGAGUGCCGAAGGUUGUCUACUUCAGACCUAAGCACACCAAAUGGAAAUUAAGUACCUUAAUUCACAAACUUGUAUUUAAGAAAAACAGCAAUAGUGCAUCACUGCAUAUACAGGGUUAUUAAUUCAAUUUAGAAUUCUCUGGCAUUCAAAGUGAAUUUCAAAUGUAAGGCCAAAGUAGCUGAACUGAAAGAAUAGCUUACUCAGAGAUUUUUUUCCAAUUCAAUUAUUUUUGCCUUUAAUUUGAAAUUUACUUUGAAUUCUCACUUUAGUGAAUACACCUUACAGAGUAAACAAGCAGUAAUGUAUCAACGCAAUAAUAUUAGGUGUUCAAUGUUACCUUAAAAGUAAGCAUUCUAAAAUCAAGGUCUUUUUCAAGAGUUAUCUUACCAAGACCUUUCGGUAGAAACGUUGGAGUUCCUUGAUGUCUUUUUGAUCACUUGAUUUGCUCUUAUAUGUUGUGACACAUUACUUCUUAUGUACUCUACACGUAGUGAUGUAUUAUUGCUGUUUUUCUAUUAUAUAUUUAUAUGGCUUGUUAAAUAUAGGUUUGUAAAUGAAGUAUGUAAUUUCUAUUUGGUGUACUUGAAUAAUCCAUUUUGAUGUAGUUUUCAUUGGAGGGUUGGGUGAUCUUUAGCUGAAGGCAUCCAUGACCUUUUAUAUACCUUUCUUUGUGUAAUUAGAAAUGUGUAUACUACCUACAUACUGAUGUAUAAUCUGAAAUAACAAGCUGGUUAGAUUACAAAAUAACCAAUAAUAAGCUUUCUUGUUUAUUUUCUGGCAUGAGACUUCGAUUUAAUAAAAAAUAGUUAAACAGCCUGCAUAUGUUUAUUUAGGAAGAACAUGCUGACAUUGUUGGCAGUUGUUAAUCACAUCUUUUACAUUCAGUCAAUACAGCAACCUGGGUAAACAAACAGUCUAUAUCCUUUAGUGCAUGUCUGGCUCCUAUUGCAGCAUGCACAUAUUUCCUGCAAAGUGUUCAGAGCUUUCUAAUGACCCAGGGUAUCUAAAAGGGACACCGUAGGCUCUGUAACUGCUUUAUAUUAAAGGGACAUUAUAUUCCCCAUAACCACUACAGUUUUAUGUAUGGUGUCUAUAACCUGUCCCUGCAGGCUGAGCACUGUAAAUACUGACUCUUUGGAGAAACAGCAGUGUUUUCAUUGCUGCUUAGGAACACCUGUAAUGGCAGUCACUCAGCCACUAGAGGUGCUUCCUAGUCCAGUGCUGCACUGUGUGCAGAGUCUCCAUACUCUGCUCUGCAUGGAGAUUCUGAAUGUUCCCCAUCGAGAUGUAGAUUGGCGCAGCGUGGUAUUUUGCCAUGCAUGCGCAAUAGCCUCUUAAUUCCUUCAUUGGAUUGGCUGAGAUAAUUAAGAUUGAUGAUCUUAGCAAUGGAGGCGGGACCUGCCGCAGCAAGACCGGCAUUGCAUGGGCAAAAGGUAAAUAAACUCUCCUUUGACCACUCGCCCGGUCACCUAAAUACUUAAACACUAUAGUGUUUGUAUUCUUGAAACUUUACUGCUCCUUUCAGUAUUUAUAGUUUCUGGUGUUCCCUGGCACUGCCUUUCCAUGCUGAUGAUUUGGUAUGCCUAGAAGGAAGAGUGGAAUCAUCUGUGUUAUCCAUAUCUCCAGUAGGAGUCAAUGUGUGAGUGGCCAGGGAACCUUAUUUACUGUUAAACUGCUAAAAUAAAUAAAUGGUUUAACGCUGAAUGGAGGGAUGGUGCCAGAGGACUACAGGCACUUUAAUAUUUAAUCGAGAUGAAAUGGUUUUAGUGCCUAUAGUGUCUCUUUAAUAUCCUACAUGAAACAUAAUUGCGUAGUCCAUGAAAACACUAGGGAUAUUUUUUGACAAGUCAAGACUGUUACAUAGAUGUCAGAAACACAUCCACUUAUCUCUAAUUUUAUUUAUAUAUAUAUAUAUAUAUAUAUAAUUUGCUGCCAUUUAUUUAAUUCCCUUUGCUUUUUUGCAGGAGGUACAGUGAAACUAUAUGAAUUAAGCUAUGAGACCAGCGCUGGUCCUCAGCUGGGCAUUUAUGACAUUGUAAUUAUUGCAACGCCACUGAAUAGGGGUUUGUCUGAAAUUACAUUUCUGGGUUUCAAUCCUCCGAUAGAGACCUUCUCUAAGCACUACCAGCAGACUGUGGCAACCUUUGUUCAUGGACGGAUAAAUACUUCUUUUUUUGGGUGUGCAAAGCCUUGUGAACUUUCUGAAGUAUUAACAACCAGCAACCCUAAACUGUUUUUUAGCAGCAUUGGUGCUGUGGCUCCAGUCAAAGAAACGGAAUCCCCUUAUCUUGGUGGUCUUAAAAUCUGGAAGGUCUUCUCUCCUCAGCCACUAACAAAAGAUCAGUUGAAUCUUCUCUUUGAAUCUCACCAUGCAGUGAAGGUGAAGACAUGGCUGGCUUAUCCUCACUACAACCCUCCAGAAAAAAUGCCACCCAUUAUUCUUCAUGAUAGAAUCUACUACCUCAAUAGCAUAGAAUGGGCAGCCAGUGCCAUGGAGAUGAGUGCAAUCUCUGCCAAGAAUAUUGCACUUCUCUCCCAUCAUAGAUGGUAUGGUAAGAAUGAACAGAUUGACCAAGAAGACCUAACUGAACGCCUUAAGUCUGAAUUGUGAUUGACAGAAGCUAGUUGUGAUCUAUGUGAGCGAAUACCAUGGACUUUUUUUUUUGCUGCACUAAUAUUCCCAACUUGACUUGCUUGAGUAUUUGCUUCUCUGGGGAAAACUUUUGGUAAUCUCAAUUUAGUAUGCUUUAACAUGAUAAUGUUAAAUUGACCAAUUUUCUUUCUAAAACUUCUGUAACUCCAAUUCAACUUUCAUUAGACAUACAUCCCUUGUUUAAACACAAGGUUUUUUGUUCCAGCAAAUCACUGGUUCACCAGGCAGUGCCUUAUUUUAUUUGUGGACAGAGUUGUAGUGUACAUCCGUAUAGUACUUUCCAUCAGUCUCUGCUUCACUACUACAAAGAAAUGGGAAGAUUCGGGGAGCAAUAUUGCUAGGAAUGCUUGUAUACCUCUUGCAGAGUAAUAGGCUUUGUCUGUUAUUUUAUAUUCUUGGUUGUCACAUUAAGUUUGUUACUGAACAUGAUGAUGCUUGCGAAUAUGUGCAAAUUUAGAGGUUUCUUUUUAAAUUGUGAUAAUUCAACAGUUGAGUUGCACAGUUUGGUUCAAGCUAGCCAUGUUGGAAAAUCACCACUUCCCCAUAAUGGGUAACAAUGAGUCUUUUCAUUUGGAGGAAGAUUCAAUAAAGCUACAGUAUCACUUUGGGUAUCUUAUUACACUUACUGCUGAAAUGUCUCCUAUAAUAAGUGUAUGGGAUACUGGAUAAACAAAACCGCUUUAAUUGUUAUAAUGGCUCCUAAUGCUGUUUUAGCAGCAUUUAUCAAUGUUUGAAGGACUCUUUCUAUAUCGUUUUUGUUAUUGUAGUAACCCUGUUCAUUUUGAAAUUAAGGGUAUAUCCACUAAGGACUUACCUUUAUUUUGUGGCAAAAUCCAAAAUCUAUUAUGUCCUGCUGAAUUACAUGUAAUCCACUGAAAAAAAUUAACUUGAAUAAAAUUUAUGAUGAUUUGUCUAACAUUUUUUGACCAUUCCUCAGGGUUGUAGAACCAUGUAAAGACCCUGAAGUAAAGCGAAUUGUGCCACCAGAGGCACAGAUUUUCCCAUCAUUAGAGCUCCACAUUAAUUUAUUAUUGAAGAAAUCCUUCUUGUAUUUGGUACCUCUAUUAAUUUAAAUUCUUGAUGACGAGCUACAGGAUAAUUAUGUCCAAAAUUGGUACAAAUAACAGAUCAAUAGUAGUUUCUUGGUAAUGUGAUUAAAUAUGCAUUUAAGAAAGAGAAGUCGUAAGGUCUGUAUAUUUUGAAUGUUUUGGUGGGUAAAUAUUAAAUGGAUUAUUUUCCAUUACAAACACAAUAUGAGUUUUUCUUAAAAUAAAAUCUGAUAUCCUUUUUCAGUAUUUGUCAUAUUGCCCUUAAUACGUUUAUCUGUGUUGAAGAAAAUAUUGUUUAAACUGUUAUGUUCUUCCACACAGACACACUAAGCCCGCACCUCCCACACCUCACCCUUCUGUCAGUCCCUACAUUGGCUUCCUGUAAGAUAUAGGGCUCAAUUUAAAAUUAUGGUUCUUGCUUUCAAAUCUCUACAUAAUGCUGCUCCCAGCUAUCUAUCCUCACUAAUGCACAUGUACAGGUGAUACUCGAAAAAUAUUGUGCAAAAUUUCAUUUAUUUCAGUAAUGCAACGUAAAAGGGCAAACUAAUACAUGAGAUAGACGCAUUACAUGCAAAGCAAGAUCGUUCAAGCCGUGAUUUGUCAUAAGUGCGAUGAUUAUGGCUUACAGCUCAUGAAAACCCCAAAUCCACAAUCUCCGUAAAUUAGAAUAUUGUGAAAAGGUGCAAUAUUCUACGCUCACAGUGUCUCUAAUCAGCUAAGUAAGCCAUAACACCUGCAAAAGGUUUCUGAGCCUUUAAAUGGUCUCUCAGUCUGGUUCAGUAGGAAUCACAAUAAUGGGGAAGACUGCUGACCUGACAGUUGUGCAGAAAACCAUCAUUGACACCCUCCAUAAGGAGGGAAAGCCUCAAAAGGUAAUUGCAAAAGAAGUUGGAUGUUCCCAAAGUGCUGUAUCAAAGCACAUUAAUAGAAAGUUAUGUGGAAGGGAAAAGUGUGGAAGAAAAAGGUGCACAAGCAGCAGGGAUGACCGCAGCCUGGAGAGGAUUGUCAGGAAAAUGCCAUUCAAAAGUGUUGGGGACUUUCACAAGGAGUGGACUGAGGCUGGAGUCAGUGCAUCAAGAGCCACCACACACAGACAGAUCCUGGACAUGGGCUUCAGAUGUCGUAUUCCUCUUGUCAAGCCGCUCCUGAACAACAAACAACAUCAGAAGCGUCUUACCUGGGCUAUAGAAAAACAGACCUGAUCUGUUGCUCAGUGGUCCAAAGUCCUCUUUUCUGAUGAGAGCAACUUUUGCAUCUUAUUUGGAAACCAAGGACCCAGAGUCUGGAGGAAGAAUGGAAAGGCACACACUGCAAGAUGUGAAGUUUCCACAGUCUGUGUUGAUUUGGGUUGCCAUGUCAUCUGCUGUUGUUGGUCCACUGUGCUUCAUUAAGUCCAUGAUCAACGCAGCCGUCUACCAGGAGAUUUUGGAGCACUUCAUGCUUCCUUCAGCAGACGAGCUUUAUGGGGAUGCUGACUUCAUUUUCCAGCAGGACUUGGCACCUGCCCACACUGCCAAAAGCACCAAAACCUGGUUUUCAUGAGCUGUAAGCCAUAAUCAUUGCAGUUAUGACAUAUAGCACAGCUUUAACUAUCUUGCUUUGCAUGUAAUACGUUUAUAUCAUAUAUUAGUUUCCCCUUUUAUGUUGCAUUACUGAAAUAAAUGAACUUUUGCGCGAUAUUUACAUUUUCCGAGUAUCACCUGUAUGUCCCGUCUAGGCCCUUACGAUCUGCUUAUGUCUAUCUUCUGUCCGUACUCCCACCUGUGGUGCUCACCUUUAAGACUUCUCGAGGGCUGCACCGUUCCUGUGGGACUCACUUCCCUCCUCCGUUAGAUACUCGCCUAGUCUCCACACCUUCAAAAAAUCAUUAAAAACCCAAUUCUUCAUAAAAGCGUAUCAAUUAAACUGAUUCCCGACUGAUUCCUCUUUUGCAAUUGCCAUUAGUCUAAUACUAUCCUUACCUUUUGUGUCACUUUACCCCACUCCCUCUAGUAUGUAAGCUCAUUGAGCAGGGCCCUCAACCCCUCUGUUCCGGUGUGUCCAACUUGUCUGGUUAUAACUACAUGUCUGUUCAUCCACCCACUGUAAAGCGCUGUGGAAUUUUUUGGCGCUAUAUAAAUAAGAACAUCAUCAUAAUAAAAGUAGGAGCUGUCUGUAAUUGUAAUGUAAUUGAUAAGAGCUGUAGUUAGCAACAUACAUGCAAAGUUAUUCACUUAAAGGGACACUAUAGUCACCUGAACAAUUUUAGCUUAAUGAAGCAGUUUUGGUGUAUAGAACAUGCCCCUGCAGCCUCACUGCUCAAUCCUCUGCCAUUUAGGUGUUAAAUCCCUUUGUUUAUGAACCCUAGUCACACCUCCCUGCAUGUGACUUGCACAGCCUUCCAUAAACCCUUCAUGUAAAGAGAGCCCUAUUUAGGCUUUCUUUAUUGCAAGUUCUGUUUAAUUAAGGUUUUCUUAUCCCCUGCUAUGUUAAUAGCUUGCUAGACCCUGCAAGAGCCUCCUGUAUGUGAUUAAAGUUCAAUUUAGAGAUUGAGAUACAAUUAUUUAAGGUAAAUUACAUCUGUUUGAAAGUGAAACCAGUUUUUUUUUUCAUGCAGGCUCUGUCAAUCAUAGCCAGGGGAGGUGUGGCUAGGGCUGCAUAAACAUAAACAAAGUGAUUUAACUCCUAAAUGACAGUGAAUUGAGCAGUGAAAUUGCAGGGGAAUGAUCUAUACACUAAAACUGCUUUAUUUAGCUAAAGUAAUUUAGGUGACUAUAAUGUUCCUUUAAUUUAAACUUGUCAGGAAUUCAAAGUGAGUUUUAAUUCUUUUUUUUAAACAUUCUUUAUUUAUUGUUUUCCGGUGUGGAAAAAGAAAACAUUAGGGUACAGAAAUGAAAGAGGGAGGGGGUGAAACAGCCACAAUGAUACAGGAGCACAAUAUUUUACUUGUCUUUGCGCCUUAGGGUGUUGCGAACAAGUAGUUGUGUCUUGGUGCGGUCCGUUGGUUAGGCGUUUAUCGUGCAAUAGUGCGGGGUUCAGGGAUUUCUGUUUUGGACUUAUUCCCUUUGCCCAAUUCGUUUGGACCAGUCUGUAUUGGUGGCCGUAUGAGAUUUGCGGCUCGUCUCGUUAACAGUUUUGUGGUAGGGUGGGAUGCCCCCUAUUGACUAUUUUUAUCGUCCUCGUUGCGUACUAAUGGGCGCCCCUGCGUCUGGGUAGUCAGUUGGGGGGGGGGUGGAGAACCUAUGUACAAGGGUGAGAGUACCAUGGUGGGACACUAUUUCGGGAGCCCAGUAGACAUCCAAUGGUUCGGGUUGGGGUAAUAUUUGUACUGUGAGUUUCCGUGCGUUGGUAUUUUGAUCGCUAUGUUGGAGUAGCGGGCCUGGUGGGUGAGGUGGAGGCUGUCCGUGUGCCCUUAUUGUAGGUGGGGAUCGGAUAGCCAGGGGUCCCAGAUUCUGUGGAAGUGUUUACAGGUCUCAUGAAUUAUGGCUGAUAGCCUAUCCAUGUGUAUUGCUUCCUUGGUUUUGCGUAUGAUCGUUUGCAGUGUGGGGGUGUUUGGCGAACCCCAUACUUCGGCUAUUGCCCGUCUAGUCGCUAAGGCUAUCCAGUUUGUCAUUUUGUUUUGGGCUCUGGUCAGGUCCUCUCGUGGUCUGGAGAGGAGCCAGGUCCAGGGGUCUAAUGGUAUGGUGGUCUGGAGGAGUGUUGAGACUAGGGUAGCUACUUCCGCCCACAAUGGGACCAGUUUAGGGCAAUGCCACCAUGUGUGUAUGUAUGUGCCUCUCUGCCCGCAGUUUUUCCAGCAUAGGUCCGCGUCUGCUUUGCCCAUAUGGUACAAACAUACCGGGGUUAGGUACCAUCGGAGCAGUGUUUUAUACGCUUGCUCCUUAUGGUUAACGCAUAUGGAUAUUGAGGCCGUUGCCUCCCAGAUAUCUUGCCAGUCCGUGGGGUCGUCCGGUGGCCCUAAGUCCCUCUCCCAAGCCGCCACAUAUGCCGAGGCCCCCUUGGGUUGGUUGGUGAUAAGAAGUGUGUAGUUUUCCGUGAUUUGACCUUUGUGGAGUGGGUUAUGUAGGCAUGACCUCAUAAACCGUGUGAGCGUGGUGGUGGCUGCUUUGGCAUUGUCGGGUUGCUCUAAGAAGCUUCGUAGUUGUAUGUAGCGAAAGAAAUCGUGAGUGGUAUAUGUUGCCUGCGUGUUGGGAAGGUCGUUGUAUGGGGUAAUUUGCGUUCCCGUGUAGAAGUGGUGCAGUCUAGACAGGUCGUUUUGCUCGUAGUGUGCAAAGUCUUUGGGUGUUAACCCUGGGGGGAAUGCUCUAUUGCGUAGUAUUGGCGUCAAUGGUGUCGGGUUGUUUAUGAUGGGGAAUUUCCGGGACGUUUUAUCCCACAAGUCUAUUGAGUUGUGAUUGCUGGGGGCAGUGGUGGUGGUAGGGGGCGUGAUUUCUUUGGUACCCAUAUGUAGAGGGAUGGGUGGUCGCGUCCAAAUAGGUCAUGUUCCAGGUCCGCCCAUCGUUUGAUCCCCUGCGGGGUGUGCCAGUGUUGGAUCUGUGUGAGUUGUGCGGCGUAAUAGUAGUUUUGGAGAUGGGGUAGUCCCAGUCCUCCCAUCCUAUUGGGGAUGUACAUGGUGCUCCUUUUUAUUCUGGGUCUUUUAUUUGCCCAGAUAAAGUUGUCUAUUAGUUUUUGGACAUAUUUUGCGUCUGUUGUGGGGAGUGGGAUGGGGAGGGUUUGGAAUAGGUAAAGGAAGCGGGGUAAGAGGUUCAUCUUUACUGAUGCAAUGCGGCCUAACCAUGAAAGUGAUAGGUUUUGCCAUCUUUUGAGAUCGUCCGUUGCUUUCUGUAUCAUUGGAGUAUAGUUCAGGGCGUACGUGCGGUGUAGUGCUGCUGGUAGCUGUAUACCUAGGUAUGGGAUGUGGGAUGUGUUGUAGCGAAACCUGUAUGUUUCCAGUAGUGUCUCCAUCGUGUUUUGGUCGAUAUUUAUGCUAAGUGCCUCUGUCUUGUCCAGGUUUAGUUUAUAUCCUGAGGCUGCUGAGUAUUCUUUCACCAGUUUCAGGAGUGGUGGGAGGGCGGUGAGGGGUUCAGUUAGCGUUAGGAGCAGGUCAUCGGCGUACGCCGCCACCUUGUAAGCUUGGGAGCGUACUGUAAUGCCCGUGAUGGUAGCGGUGGUGCGUAUGAGGUGUAAAAGUGGUUCCAAUGAUAGGGCAAAAAGGAUCGGUGACAGUGGGCAGCCCUGCCUCGUUCCGUUAUGUAUAGGGAAGUGGGGGGGUUGCGCAUUUGGGAUGAGUAAUUUUGCUUUUGGGACUGAGUAGAUCGUUUUGAGGGCUGUCAUGAAUGGUGUUGGGAAUUGGAGUUUCUCUAAGGUGGCGAAGAGGAAGGGCCAUAGUAGUCUAUCAAAUGCCUUCUCGGCGUCAAGGGAUAGUAGGAGGGUGGGGAUGUGACGGUGAUUGGCUACCCAUAUGAGGUCUAAAGUCCGUCUGGUGUUGUCGCUCGCUUGUCUUGUGGGGACAAAUCCGACCUGGUCGGGGUGGAUUGUCGAUGGAAUGUAGGGGAGCAGUCUGUUGGCAAGGAUUUUGGUGAAGAUUUUGAUGUCUACGUUUAGUAGGGAAAUGGGUCUGUAGUGACCUGGUUCUGUAUGCGGUUUGCCAGGUUUGGGUAGUAGGCAAAUGUUUGCCUCCAGCAUGUCCUCGGGCAGCUGAUCUCCAGUCAUGAGCGAGUUAUAUAGCUUUGUCAUGUGGGUUAGCAGGUUGUCUGUGAAUGUUUUGUAGUAGAUGCCCGAGUAUCCGUCCGGGCCUGGGCUUUUGUUGGGUUUUCGUGGUGCCUAUGACUCUCCUCACCUCCUCCUCUGUAAUUUCUGUAGAGAGGUGUGCUUGAGCCUCCGUCGUGAGUGUCGGAAUGUGGGCCUUUGCUAGGAGGGUUUGUAUGUUAUCGUGUAGGGGGCCGUCAUCUUGGCGGUGUUGAGGGGAGUGGUCGUAUAGGUCAGUGAAAUACUUCUGGAAGGUCUCGGCUAUUUUAUUGGGUAUGUCGGUUGGUUGGCCUGUGGGGGUAUGGAUGGUGGUGAUUUGCUUGGCUUGCUGGCGUUUGCGUAGCCUUCGGGCCAGUAGUGUGUCUGCUUUGUUUGAUUUUUCGUAGAACAUUUGUUUUGUCCAUUGUAAAGCUUUAGUUGCGUCUUUCGCCAUGGCCUGUUUAAGGGCCUGGCGCUGGUGGUGCAGUUGUGUUGUGAGAUCUUGUGUGGGGGUUAGUUUGUGUUGUGCUUCGAGUUGUCUGAUCUGGUCCAGUAGGGAUGUUAUGUGGGCUAUGUGUUUGUUUUUUUCCGCCGUGGCUAUGCUGAUCAGGGAUCCCCUGAGCACUGUUUUGUGUGCUGCCCAAAGUACCGCGUGUGAUUGCACCGAGUCUUUAUUGGUGUCGAAGUAUUGGGUGAGUUCUGUCUUCAGUUGGGCAACUAUGUGGGGGUCAUGGAGUAGUAUAGGGUUGAGCCUCCAGGUCCAGGGUCGUGAGAUUUGUGGUGGUUGGAGUUGUAGUGUGAUGUCUGCGUGGUCAGACCAGGUAAUGUUGCCUAUUGCAGACUUUGUGACGUGGGGGAUUAGGGAUGGUGAGAUGAGAAAGAGGUCAAUGCGGGAGUAGGUGUGAUGGGGGUGCGAGUAGAACGUGUAGUCACGGUCUGUUGGGUGUUGAGAUCUCCAUAUGUCUAUGAGGCCCGUUUGGGUUAUGAAGUCGGCCAACAUUUUGUCCGCUCUGGAGGGAUGGGUGGGUUGCUGGGUGUGGGGGGAGUAGCGUUGUCUGUCUAUGGAUGGGGAGAUUGUAGCGUUGAAGUCCCCCCCUAUUAUUCUUUGGUAGUUAGGAUGUUGGCUAAGGUGAGCUUGUAUUAUCUGCCAAAAUUGUGGGUCUGGAGUCGUCGGUGCAUAUAUGGAGGUCAGAGCUAUUUUUGUGGGUCCAAUAGUGCCAAGUGCUGUUAUAUAUCGUCCUUGUGGGUCUUUUUGGACGUCUUUAAGGUGUAUAGGGCAAUUUUUUUUCAGUAAAAUUGCCACCCCAUUAUGUUUGCCUGUAUGUGAGUUGGCGAGGUGACAGGUUUGGUAGUGACGGCUUAGGAGAGGGAACGGGCGUGUAUGAGCGUAGUGUGUCUCCUGGAGGAAGACCACGUCUGCCCCCGACCUGUUGGCCCAGCGCAUAACCCGGUGGCGUUUCGAGGGGUGGUUGAGCCCCUUGCAGUUAAUGGAUAUGCAUGUUACCUUAGCUAGCAUUGUGGUGUGAGGGGUACUGCGGUGUCGAUCGUGCCUUGGUCCUGCUCCCUGUGUUGUGGGUGGAGGUUUGGGGAUGUUGCGUCGGGUUUCUUUCCGUUUUGGAUGUGGUUCUAAGGUCCCGUGUCCCGCCAUGGUACUCUUCGGGGGUAAACUGUGGGUACAAAGAAAAAUAACUGUGAACAUAUAUACAACUUCCUGGACUUAUGGUCUGUGCCAGGUUCAAGUUUAGUGGUGUGUUGGGAAUGUCCCUUAGGUGGGACUCCAGUGCCCAGGUGUUAACGUGGGGCAUGGUGGGGGUAAGUCCUGAGGUGCGUCCCGGUCCAGGUGUGUGCGGAUUUCCACUGGGCAGUCGUGGGUUGGGAGUGGGGGGUGGUGUCUUUGGGUCUGUUAGUUACAGAUCUGUCUGGGGGGGUUGGUGGCUCCCGUGGGUUAGGGGGCCCUUCUGGGGGAGGGGUGUCAGCAUGGUCCCUUGGGCUGGGGUUCCUGGUGUCGAGGUCGGGGUUAGGGCGGUCCCGGCUUUCCUGGGUCUCUGGUGUUCGGUUAUGGGGCGUUCUCCCCCCCGUCUCCCCCAGGUUGUUCCAGUGGGGUGGCGUGUAGCCUAUUGUCUGGGGGUCAGGUGGUUCAGUGUGGGUUUUCCCUAUCGUCCCAGCCCGUUCCCACUUACUUCCUCCCCCCUCCCAACUCCCCCUAGUUUUACCCGCUGAAGUGGUGUGGCGUUCCCCCUGCUCCCCUACCCCCCGCUGUCUGGUCCCCUUGGUGCUAGGUGUGGUGCCUCUUUUCUAGUUUGAGCCGUGCACAUUUGCAGGGCUCGCUAGCUGUUCACAUGUAUACAAGUAGACAAAUAAACAAUCGUGGCACGUAUGACCAGCGUCUCUACAUUUAAAGUACGUAAAGGAUAUUUGAUGGGUCGUUGGAUAGGUGCAGUCUCUGUGUUACGGCUUGCUCUUUAUUGAAGCCGUCGUUUCGGUGCGUCUUGUCUGGGUUCAGGGUCGGUGCGAUGGAGUCAGGUCAUCUUCGGUCCGGUGCUUGGCGUAGCUUUUGGGCUGUUCCCGGCGUGGUGGUAUCUUUGCGGCGAUGGUUUUUCCCACAGUGGUUGUAGUGCUGGGGGUCGUCUCCGUGCAGUGGUGGUAGUGGUGUCAGAUCUUGCCGCUGGUAGGCGCAGGCCCAGUUUGGAGGCAAAAGCUUGCUGUUUGGAGGGGUCUGUGAGGAUGUGGGUCGUGUUGUCUCUGCGGACAAGGAGUUUGAAGGGGUGCCCCCACCUGUAGGCUAAACCUGCUUGGGUUAGUGCCGUUGUGAGCGGUUUCAGCUCUCGACGUUUGGCUAGCGUGGUGGGUGCUAGGUCUUGGUAGAAUGCCAGCGUGGCGGUGUCCAGUUUUGGCGGGCUUUUUCUGGUCGCCGCCAUAAGUGCUUCCUUGACGGAGUAGUAGUGAAGCCUCACUAUCACAUCUCUGGGGGCUGUGUGGUCUUGGCUAGGGGGCUUCAGGGCUCUGUGGGCUCUGUCCAUGGAUAGCUCUUGUGGGGUUUUGUCAGGUAAGAGGGUCAGAAAUACCUCUUGCAGUGUGGAGUGGAGUAACUCUCCAGUGAUGGUUUCUGGGAGGCCUCUGAUCCUGAUGUUGUUUCGUCUGGAUCUAUUGCUGAGGUCUUCCAGUCCGUUUUCCAGUGUUUCUAUGCGUGAUUGCAGAGUUGAAAUGGUGUCUGCCUGGGCGGUCACUGUGUCCAUAAUGUCGUCCACUCUGUGCUCCACUUGCCCUGUCCGCUCCCCCAGAUCAGUGAUUUCUGCCCUCAGGCUCUGGAGCUGCUUCUCCAAUUCUGCUGCCAUGUGAUUUUUUAUAUCGGCUGCUGCCUCUUUAAGCAGCCGCUGGAGGUCGGCUUUCGUCAGCGGUGCUGAGGGCUCGCUGUGCUCCGAGUCAGAGUUUUCAGCGCCACGUGGGGAAGAUGGCGCCGGGUCCCCCUGCACUCUGAAGUGCGAGGCGACCGACGGCUGCGUGUCCCGUUUUUUCCGGCUGCCGCCCAUUGCUGUGGGGUACCCGGUGGGUGAGUGGGUUGGUUGGUGGGGAUUGCCGCCCUGCCAGUGCGCUUUGAGUUGCUGUUAUGUGCCUGGGUCUCGGGAGCUAUCGGCUCACGCGGCCAUCUUGGUUCCCGGCCAGCAAAGUGAGUUUUAAUUCUAAAGUAGAAACAUAAGUGUUACCUUCAUGCACUGCAGAUUGUAAAUUUGGUGAUUGUUGAUUUGUUUCUUGGUCACUGCUGGUCACUAAAGUCCCUGAGGAAGUCUUAUAUACGGACGAAACACGUAGGACCACUAGUGGUGACAGUGAGAAUUGUUUUAUACCUUGAUGUAAGUUCUUAAAUACUUUUUAUUCUAUUUUUGAAUGUGCACUACAAUUUUUUUAUAUUUCUCUCUUGAGCACACACCUUUCAACCAAUCCAAGAGAUACUAAUAUAGAUGAAAGAACUGAAUUUAAAAGGGCAUAUAUGCUGAAAAAGAAAACCAUUCUAAAGGCUUUCUAAUUUCAACAAGAGUGUGAGUGGCCACUUGUGAAUUUGACAUUUGGUUUACGUGGUUGGAUGGAACACUAAUAACUGAUUGUCUUGUUUAUAUUCUAAUAUACACCCCAAUUCAAUGUUUUUGUUAUUUAAUUGUUUACCAUGCAUCAAGCAACAACAUAAAUGUAUAAAUUCACAAACCAAAGUUCAAUAACUAACUCAAGUCCACUAUGCUUAGACUGAGAAUGAGUUUAAUCCUGAAACUUUUGCAUGCUUGUGAUUUGUUUUUAUUGUUUAAAGGAGGGUUUCUUGUUUAUCAUGGGAUAAAUGUCAAUCAAAAAUGCAGAAUAUUUAUUUUCAUAAUAAAACCACUGAUUUUCUGAUGAUUGUUCUUCAACUUAAAUAAAAUGCCUUGUUUUGUUUUUUUAUAUUCCGCUGGAAAAUUAGACAUCCAUUACGUACCCUCACAGAAUGAAUAUAUGAGGAUUCUAAACCAGGACAAUUGUGUUUUUUAUGUUAAAUGAGCACAUUCAAGUCAACUUAGAACUGUGUCUGUAUGUCAUUGUUAGGGUUUCAAUAUUUCUACGUGCAAUAUUAUUGGUAACCAGUAUAAUGAGGAGUUGUGAAGCAUCCAUCAUGGAGAUCUGAACAUUGGGCUAAAGGGUGGCUACUUACUUUUGUUUCCACUACUUGUUAGUAUUUCUUUUUUGUUAUUUUCUUUUUUUUUUUUACCGGAGCAUCAUGCUGCAAUUUCCUGCUUCGUCUAUCUUGGUCAUUUUGUAUUUAUUAGUUUCUAUUCUUUUUAUUUUUUUAUUAGUUUGCAUUUGAUUAAUGUCUAGGUUGUUUUUUUUUUUUUUACUUUUCUGUACUAUUAGAUGGUAUUGCCAGCUUUUUUAAGAUUAUUACGAGUUGUAUAGCCACCCUUUAUAUGGCUUAAAGGGACAAAUUAUUAUAAUUUUAUUAUUUAUAUAGCGCCAUUACAUUCCGUAGCGCUGUACAUUGGGUGGACUAACACAUGUAAUUUUAACCAGACAAUUGGAUGUAUAGGAACAGAGAGGUGGAGGGCCCUGCUCAAUGAGCUUACAUUCUAGAGGGAGUGGGGUAUAGUGACACAAAGGGUAAAAGUAGGGGUACAAAGUAAGUUGUUACAAAAAUAUUAAUUGAGGGCUUAGUAAGUAAUUUUUGACAGUUGCAGGAGAGGAGUCAUGGGGGUGGGGGAAAAAAAACCUGCUUACAGUUUAAUUGAUAUGCUUUCUUGAAGAAGUGAGUUUUCAAUUAUUUUUUUGAAUGAGUGGAGCCUGGGUGAAAGUCUUACGGAGAAGGGAAGGGCGUUCCACAGAAGAGGUGCAGCCCUGGAGAAAUCUUGGAGGCGAGCAAUAGAGGUGGGCGUGCGGACAGAGCAUAGACAUAGGUCUUUGGCAGAGCGUAGGGGCCUCGACGGGACAUACUUGUGUAUUAGGGAGGAUAGGUAGGUUGGAGCGGCAUUAUGUAGAGACUUGUAAGCAAGCACCAGAAUUUUAAAUCGAGCCCUGUAUUUAAUUGGAAGCCAGUGCAGGGACUGACAGAGCGGGGAGGCGCAAACGGACUGGAAAAUGAGCCUCGCCGCCGCAUUCAUUAUAGAUUGCAGCGGUGCAAUCUGGGAACAUGUAAGACCACUGAGAAGGGUAUUGCAGAAGUCAAGACGAGAGAGAACAAGAGCAUGGACCAGCACCUUAGCUGCAUCCGGGGUUAAAUAGGGGCGAAUGCGCGCUAUGUUUUUGAGAUAGAAGCGACAGGAUUUGGUGCCAGGUUGGAUAUAAGGGUUGAAGGAGAGGUUGGAGUCAAAAAGAACACCCAGGCAGCGAGCCUGUGAGGUAGAGGUGAUGGUAGCGCCGUUGACUUGGAGGGAGACAGACACAGGAGUAGUAACACUUAAAGGAAGGAAAGACCAGAAAUUCUGUUUUGGACAGGUUGAGUUUAAGGAAGUGAGCAGCCAUCCAUUUGGAAAUUGAAGAGAGGCAGUCAGAGACACUAGUCAAGAUGGGCAGAGAGAGAUCAGGAGAGGACAGGUAGAUUUGCAAAUAGAUGAAUCUCACUAUGAAUGAAGUAAUCAGAUUACGUCCCCCUUUUUGGGAGGCACUAUAACAUAUUGGGCUAAAUUUUAGUCUAGAUGCUUACGUAGAUCAAUAUAUAAUAGGGAAUAAAACAUAAUUAAAUUGAAUAUGUCAGUAAUAGAGCUUUGGAAAUGAAGCCAUGAUAUUUAAAAGAGAAGACAGAUGAUUAAUGUUAAAGGUAAAAUUGGAGAAUAGAGAAAAAAAGAGGAAGAAAAAAAACAAACCAUCACGAGCUAAGGAGCAGGAGUGGGUGCUGUGUGAACACGAUUUGUGAGAGAUAAAGUUAAACCAACGGACUGUCCAUGUAAUUUUAGAUUUUCUUAAAUAGGGACAUGAUCUGUGGCAUUACUUUCUGCAGUAGUGGUCAUGCUGUCCUAUUCAGCCAUCCCGCAAUAAGGAGUCAAAACUGUUUUAAAUGGUAUGACACGGGGGCGGGGCCUGACCUGAAAACUGAACACUGUUGAACAAUGUUCACUGUUAUUCCUGCCUCUAUUUACUAGAUCUAAAAAUGUGCAAAUUUUUGCAAUACACUUUAUCUUGCAUACUAUUCUACUUUAUUGUUAUAAGUGUAUACCGUGACAUUCCUUAUCAUGCACAUCUAAAAUAAAGAAUUUAAAUCGUAUGACACUUACAUGGGUACCCGCAGGGCUGUAUUUACCACAAGGCAAACCAGGCACUAGGGCGGCACUUUCAGGAAGACCGCAAGAAAACACUGCCCCAAACACCCAGGCAAAUGCCUUGUUAGUCUUGUGUCCUGGGUGGCCCAAGAGUUGGCCUCCUUAAGGCCCCCUUGGAGGUGUUAAACUACUAAUAUUCUGGAUGGGCAGCAAGCGAGUCAUGUCCUUAGUUCUUCUUGCCCCCUCUCGCGCCCUUCCGUGAUGCCGGGAGCCGGAAUACGAUGUCACUCCGGCCCCAGCAUCACUAAGCAGUGUGCAAGGGAACUGAGCAAGAAGACCUCAGUUCCCUCGUUGCCUCCAUUGAGCGCCCGCACAGCCAGCAGGAGCCAACAGCCCCAGCAGAGCCAUCAAGGAGCCCACCCAGCAGCAUUCGGGGGACAGGAUCCACACUAAUUGGGAGUGAAUUAGAAUUUUUUUGUGUGUCUGCCAGUGAGUGUGUGUGUGUCUAUGUCUGUGAAUAAGUACGUGUAGCUGUCAGUGUGUGUCUGUGAGUGAAUGUAUGUGUAUCCGAGAGUGUGUGUGACUGUCCGUGAAAGUGUGUGUUGGUUAAACAGUGUGUGUGCCAAUGACUGUGUCAGUGCAUGUAUCAAUGAGGGUGUGUGUCUGUCAGUCAAAAAAUAGCCUUGACACGAAUUGGUGGGACAAAUUCAGAUAAGGGUGGUGCCCAAAUUUAGUCGUGCCUAAGGCAGCACAAAUCCAAAAUACACCACUGGGUAAUUCAUCUCUCUUUUUUGUGAUCACUAAAUCUGAAGAUCCCCUUCUGCAUUUGUAAUAGCAAUGCUCUCCAUGUUUGGACUGUAGUGGUUAUGGUGUGUAGAUUGCAGCUUUUAAUAUUAAAAGGGAACGUUAGAAGUUAUUUCUAUUUUAUUAAAGUGGAGUUGUCACUUCGCUCAAUAAAAUAUUGAGCGAAGAAGCCAGAAGCCGAAAGGUGUUGAAAUUAAUUGGCUGAAAACGUCAGAUGACAGCUCUCAGCCAAUGAUGGUCAUUAUAAAAAUUGCACAGAAUUGACAUUAGCCUGCCUGGAACUCUGGCAGCAUCAUAGGGUUUUCAACCCCUAACCAGAAACUAGAGGUGUAGUUACACUGUUUCAAAGUGAAGUGCUGCACACACAGACUUCAGGCAUCAUAACCAGUUCAAAGCACUGUUUUGGCGCUUAGAGUAUCCGUUUAAUAAAAAUAUAUUUAAAUAUUUCCUUUUUAAGCAGGAGGGGGGCAGGGCUUGAACUGCAUGGCGGCUGGACAUGUUUCUUAUGAGCUCCAAGCCUGACUCUUGUACUAAGCCGAUGUAAUGACUUUUAACGCAUUCUGAUGCUGCAUCAUCGUGGCUAGCCAGAUCCUGAAGCCUAGAGUGAUCUCAAGCACCUCAGCUGUUUGCGCCCUCUGCAACCCCGAUGGUUCAAGUGAGGCCUAGGCAAACAUCAGUCGGGUGAGAAGGCCGAUUAUUGUGCUUCCAACACAGUCAAAAUUUGUAUUUUACAAAGAUUCUAUCUCCAUGAAAGGGGGGUGACAGUAUUGUUUUAACAAUAAAUAAUAAUGAAUAACAUUGGGCAUUAGGGGCAUCACAAAAUGCCUAAAGCCCUCAGGCUAUCCCUAAUUCCCAGUUGCUUCUAGCUAUAAAAGGAGUGUGAGAAGUAAAAUGCAAAAUCACUAACAAUGUUAUUUAUUAAAAUGAGAAUUCAAAGUGAAUUUCAACUGUAAGGCCACUUUAGCUGAACUGGAGCUUUAGCUGACUUGGAGGAAUGUUUCCAGUUCAGCUAUUCUGCCCUUAAAUUUGAAAUGUACUGUAAGUUUACUUUGAAUUCUCACUUAAAGGGAUGCUAUAGUGCCAGGAAAACAAAGCCAUUUUCCUGGCACUAUAGAGGCCCCCUCUUGCAGCGCUGAAGGGGUUAAAAAAAAGUCACUUACCUGAAUCCAGUGCUGAUGUCCCUCGGUGCUGGGUCAGGCUCCGCCCACGCUCCUUAUGUCAUCAGUCAGCGGGGGAGACCUAAUGCUCAUGCGCGGCAAGUGCCGAGCUUGCAUUAGGAUUCCCUAUAGAUAGGAAAGCAUUGUUUCAGUGCUUUUCUAUAGGGAUUUGAUUGACGCUGGAUGUCCUCAGGCACAGAGUGAGAACGUCCAGCGUUAUUUAGCCGACUUUGAUCGCCUAACCAGCCGAAUGUCCCUCUAGUAGUUGUGUGGUAGACAGCCACUAGAGGGGGAGUUAACCCUGAUAGGUAAUUCUUGCAGUUUCUCAGAAACUUAAAUAAUUACCAUUGUAGGGUUAAGGGACAUGGGACAUUGCACCCAGCGUACUUCAAUGAGCGGAAGUGGUCUGGGUGCCUAUAGUGUCCCUUUUAGGGAAUAACCUCAUACAUAAAUAGACCUAUUUAUGCUAAUAGCAGUUGUUAGUAAAUGCCAAAGAGGAAGGUUCCUGAGCACUUUCAUAUAAUUUUAUGGCUCACUAAUUAAUGUAUCUUUGAGACUCUGUCAACCCCUUAACACACAACUCAGGGAGAGGUAGAAAGAGGGGGCCUGUCCGCGCAUGUGCAAUGACUGUCAGCCGGGAGGCAAGUUAGUGGACACGCCAUGUUCCUAUCUGCGUUUGUUUUGUCUGCCCUCCUUCUGUGCGCGCUGCGGCCUGGAGUGGCUGAGGAGCUACAUCAUCAGCCGCCCGGCAGGAUAGGUAAGUAAGCGGGGUGCAUUUAUACUGGCAGUAAGUGCAGGGGGGUUUAUAUAGGAAUCAUUAAUAGGCCAGUGUAGAUAAUCAGAGUGCAGGGUGUGAGGCUAUCAGAAAGGGGAGGGAGUGCUCCACUAUACAGGCUAUUACCCUGCAUUAGCAAACAAGUGAUAGUCUGCUUUGUAGAGGGAGAAAUAGUCUGCAGGAGGUCACGGGUAGGGGGUGUAAUAGUACAUAGCUGUUUUUGGAAAUUAGGAAAUGUCCUGCAAAUAAAGAGGGAAGAAUGUCCUGCAUAUUAAAAGGAAGAAUGUUCUGCAUAUAAAGAGAGAAGAAUGCUCUGCAGCAGUAACUCUCCCCCCUGCCAGGCAGAGCAUGUGUUCUGUGUCUAAUGAUUUACUGCUCUGCAUUGUGCCAAAUGGGAGGAUGUUUUUAGAAGACCAAAAUAAAUGUGCCAGUAUUGCAGUUGCAACGUUUAACUAUUUAUGUUAUUACAGGGAAUUGUCCAAUAACACAUUUUUAAAGCCAGUAGCAUAUCUGAUUUAAUUUGUCAGUGUGGCUAUCAAUAAACCAUACAGUGGACCAGGCAGUACUUAUGAGGUUACAGUAUGUUAUAAACAGCCAGACUGCAGCCUGGACUGUAAAGUUUUACAUAACAGGGUCUCCUGCUAUUUAGACGCAGACACUGCUAACAAGAACUAUGCCAGACAGUAGAAAGUUGAUGGCUGUCCUAGAUGCUCACUUCCAACCCUAACCCUAGUAAAAAUAUAGACGGUGGAAAACCGUACCCUGUGAGAUAAUAUUAUAGUGUGAUAUAGGAUAGUGAGUCGGGAUCUUCGCUGAUGAAGGUACUUAAGCAAAGGUAGAAAAUACCAUAGAGUUAUGACACAUGUGGUUUCCAAACUUCUAAUGUUAAAAAAAUUUUUUUAUAGUUUUUACUGUGACCUGACCUGGUCACCCUGAGCUACCCCCCGUUAUAUUUCAAAAUACACAACAAGCCCUACUUACAUGCAGUAUAGACGCAGGGGUAGUCAACUUUUGGCACCCCAGAUGUUAUGGACAACAUCUCCCAUGAUGCUUUGUCAGCAUUAAUGCUAUAAGAGCAUUAUGAGAGUUGUAGUUUUCAACACCUGUUGUGCCAAUGGUUGCCUACCGCUGGGAGAGUGUAUCAGAAAGUUCCAAAGCAAUUAAUCGAACAGUAAUACAUGGUCUGCCACAGAGCUGCACAACAAUAAAAUGCAAAGCUCCAUAUUAUUAAAAUGUAGGCUAAUGUGUUCUUAUGUGAGUGUAUGACAGAGCUCCAUACAGUGUGUUGGAAAGUAUCACAGCUACGGAGAAAUAACACUCUGUGGAGUUCUUGAGUGUAUCACAUUAUAUCAGGGGUCCUCAAGCUCCGGCCCCCCAGAUGUUGCUGAACUACAACUCCCAUGAUUCUCUGGCUAUCUAUGUAAUUCAAAGAAUCAUGGGAGUUGUAGUUCAGCAACAUCUGGGGGGCCGGAGUUUGAGGACCCCUGAAUUAUAUGAAUGGGAGCGUGUACAAACUCAUUAAUGGACAGGCUGGGUAAAAAAACAAAACACAAUGCUUGAUUCGGUAUGUUCACCCUAAUAUAUCCAUAGAAUAGCCUUAGUUUGGAUGGCUACCAUUAAGGCUCAGAGUCUGAACAUUUUUGGAACAUGCUGGUAAUUUCUAGUAUGAAGGUCUAGCAUGAAGCAGCAUUUUUUUUCAUUUGGAUGUUGAGAAAAAUAUAAAAAUAUUGGAAAUGGAACUAAGCUAUCAUUUGUUUCAGGUUUCCCUGUAAAAGGAGUUUACCUCUUUUUUUUAAAAGUAUGUGUUUCUUAGCAAUCGUGGGAGGUGGAAUCGGAGGCUCAUCCGCUGCAUAUUUCUUGAGGCAGAAAUUUGGGAAGGAUGUUCAGAUUGAUGUCUUUGAGAAAGGUCAAGUUGGGGGUCGUAUGGCUACCAUAGACAUAAAUGGUGCCGAGUACGAGGCUGGUGGAUCCGUCUUACACCCCUUGAAUCUACAUAUGAAGAGUUUUGCUAAAGAGCUAGGUAUGUACAUCAUAUCAUUCAAUUAUCUGUAUAUGUUUGUGUCAGUAUAUUUCAGUACUAAAGAGACAUAAUUAGGAAAUAAUCAGUGCCUGCAGUAGGGAAUUCACAGGGUAAUAUAACAUGUACACUCGUAAAUAGAUUUAAGUAUUGAGACGCUUAUCUGAGUGUGAAUGGUGUUUCUUUAUAUAAUGAUAACCAUGAAGUAAUCACCUACAACACUUGUGUGGAUUUUUUUCUGUCACACCACACAUUAACGUAAUAGUGCAUAUACAUUUAUAGUUUAAAUUCUACAAAUCAAAGUGGUGCGCUUGCAUGCAACCUAUAACAAAAACACUCAUCCUAAUUUUAGAUGAGUGUCAGAUAAAUCUCAUGACUCACCCAAAAAAGGAUAAUAAAAAUAAUAGUGAAGUAUUGCUUUAAAAUGUGAUUUAUAGUAUGUACACUCACCAUUAAACAUUGGCUCUAACGUGAAGCACUUCAGUACCUUUAAUGUUGAUACACUACCCUCUCCUAUAUGUUUCCUUCGGGUCUUACAAAAAGAAUAGUAAAUCUCAUACAACUGGGGCCCACGUUGGCCACUAGCAGAAAAGGAUGGCAAGAUGUUCCCACUAACUCUCCCUCAAAAGGCACCGGCCUUUCUUCAAACACUGGGGAUACCGGCAGAGUCGCUUCCCUCGCAAGGAUGCAAGCCUUGGGCGGUUGGUGCAGUCUCACCGUUUGUUCUGAGACAAGCCUUAGCUGGGCCGGCAGAUCCUCCAGCUUAAACCAGUCUGAGCUGACUGUCGUUUUAAGUUUUACUACAUAUUGCAUGUUGUUUUUCUUCAUUCCAUGUUUCCCUAUUCCCUAAUCUGGCUCCGUUGGCUAUUAUAUAUCGGAUCUGCUUUGUUGUUCUAUCCCCCAUUACAACCCUGCCUGUGCCUGUCUCCUUCAAGAUCUCAUUAUCUGUUCUGGAAUUGCCCGUGGCACACUUAGAGCGCAGCAUGGGUUCUCGCACCUUUAAAGUGCAUAAGAAUAUUUAUCUGCAUUGAAUCCAGUGCUAACGUUUCUUUUAUUGUUUUUUUUUAAAAAAAAAACCUCAGGUUGCACUUAUUCCUUUGAUAUGCUGGUAGAUGUCUGCCAAAUGUUCUUUUUAUGCUUUUAUACUAUGUAACUGAACAGGCAGCACAAUGCCUAUGUCUUGCUUACUAUGCAACCUGAGCAAAAACAAAGAAUAAAAAAGAAUAUGAACAAAAAAACAUAUUGUGCAGAAUGUAGAAGUUUGAUAAAUUAGCAAGUUAUAAUAAUACAAACUUGCUCACCUGGUACUGAGCUUGAGGAUACCUUGCACUGGGUGCAUGCAGCCUAGAUGUCAAUUAACACGAGAGACCCUCGAAAAAUCUAAAAAGUAGCUUCCAGGGAUUUCAGUAAUUCAAAUAAUACAUUAAUAAAAAGGUGCACACAGCCUGCAAAUAAUAGUAAAAAAUAAACUGAACUGGAAUCCUCUUCAUCCAUAUGUUUCUCCCACUGGCUUCCUCAAUUGGAUGGUGGCGCUACUCGUGCCCUGUUUAAUGAUGCUGGGCUGGAGUGACGCCAGUUCAUUUUAUUUUAUACUGUUAUUUGUAGGUUGUAUGUAUCUUUUUAAUAAAGCAACAUUUACAGAUAUUCUUGAAAGCCACUACUCUGAUUAUUCAAGAAGCUUUUGUGUCACCCUUAAAGGGACACUCUAGGCACCCAGACCACUUCUGCCCAUUGGAGUGGUCUGGGUGCCAAUUCCCACUACCCUUAACCCUGCAACUGUAAAUAUUGCAGUUUUCAUAAACUGCAUUAUUUACCUUGCAGGGUUAACUCCUCCUCUAGUGGCUGUAUACUAGAGAAGGCCUCUAGAGGGCACUUCCUGGUUUAUAGCACAGGUUUGUGCUAUAGCAUCGCUGGACGUCCUCACGCUAUGUGAGGACCUUCAGCGUCGAUAAAAUCCCCGUAGGAAAGCAUUGAAAGCUUUUUCAAUGCUUUCCUAUGGAGAGGUCUAAUGCGCGUGCGCGGCAUUGCCACGCAUGCGCACUAGGUCUUCCCCGUCGGCGGCCGCGCAUGUGAAAUCGGUCUCCCCCGCCGGAUGACGUCAGCGGAGGAGGAGCGGAGGCGGACCCUAAACCAGCACCAAGGGACAACGGCGCUGGUCUCAGGUAUGUCACUGAAGGGGUUCUAACCCCUUCAGCAACAUGGGAUGGGGGGUGGGAGGGAGAGGGGACCUGCAGUGCCAGGAAAACGAUUUGUUUUCCUGGCACUGGAGUGUCCCUUUAACUGACACCUAGUUUGCAUACAUCCAGAACCAGGUAUACUCAGGCUCAGUACCAGGUGAGCAUGUUUGUUUUAUUGUAACUUUCUAAUUUAUCAAACUCAUACGUUCUGCACAACAGAUUUUUUUAUUCCUAUUCUUUUUUUUUUUUUUUACUUAGUAUUUUUGUCGUGCAAAGAGUAUAACAAACAGGCUUGAGGUACCCCAAAGGCAUUCCUCAGGCUUAGCAUCGCACUGUGUAGUGGGAAGUAGAUAGGACUUGCACAUUUUAUAGUAUUCUAAGCGUGAGAAUAAAGUGUUAUAGUAAACCAUGAAAAUAAAGGUAAAAGUGGAAGAGUUAGGCAUAUCAUUUCAUAUCAUUACACAGGCCGCUAAGGCAUGUCUCCUCGCUAAUAUUUGAGUGAGUCCUUGUCGUUGCUUCUUUGGACCCAGGUUGCGGGUUGCCAUGCCAACCUCUCGGUACGGUAAGUGAGCAGUCAUCCGAUACCCCUGCGAAUGUUAUUUCUUUUGCUUGAGCUCAGUCCAAUUGGGGGGGUAAGUGUAGCAUCAUGGAAGUGAGGCACCACUCUGGCCCUGUGCUGUGUGAGAGCUGGUACCCUUUUGCCACUAGCCUGGGUCCAGUGAGGACCAAGGUCUUCCCUGUCGGGAUGGUGCGAUGGGUCCUGCUGUCGGUUGUGGUGUGUCGUCGCUUAUGCCUUGUGGACCUGCACCUGUGUGGCCAAUACCUGUGGGUUGUGGCCCUUGUUGCUCCCAACCCGGGUGGGCAUCUUAUGGGGAUGGCUGAGGUGGAGGAUCGCUUUGCGCCCUGUAAUGGUUUCCCAGGCCUCCUCUCAGUGCGCACGUGGUGCUGUUCAGUAGGAAUGGGGGUAGUCAUAGCUGGUCCAAUACGGGUCAGCAGCUUGUCCCAGAAGCGGUCAAAAAUGUUGUCGAGUGUCUCUUGCUUUGUUGCUGGGGUCUGCUUCACCCAUCCGUUUAGCUUUGUUACGGAAGAUUUCCAGCACUGCAGCCCGAGUUAGCAGCGACAGUUUAGCCGUUGCAGCAGGAGCUCAUGCGAGGCAAGACUUGUCAGCUCGCUGGCUUGGCUCCGCCCCCCUACUCCUAUUCUUUUUUUAAAGCCACAAAGGAAACGUAUAGAAGAGGGUAAUGUACCACCGUAAUGGUACAGAAGUGCUUCACAUUAGUGCCAAUAUUAUCUGGACUCUGAAUGUGAGUGUACCUGCAAGAGAUUUUUUUUAAAUAAAUUGUAUAAAUCACCUUUUAAAGCAAUACUUCACAAUAAUACUUAUUAUUAUUAUUAUUAUUAUUAUAUUCCUUCUUUUUUUGUGACAUCAUGAGAUUCAUCUAAAACUUAUCUAAAAUUAGGGUGAUUGCAUACAAACGUUCCACUUUGAUUUGUAGAAUUUAACUAUACAUUUAGUUGCACUAAUAAUAUAACCAGUAUUUUAAAAAUUACGAUUUAAAACCUUGUCUGACAGGUGCAUUUUAGUAGCAUUUGAUAAGGAAAAAAUAGAAAAUGGUCCAGGCACUCCAAGAUACAAUAAAGGCACCUUUAUUUUGGUCAUUUUAGUAGCAUUGUGAGAAAUCUUAUCCUGUUACACUUAUUUGCUACUAUUAAAUGCCACGUGGACCUCAAAACCAUACUGUUUACUAGUAGUGUAAUGUGUUUUGUGAUAUCUUAUCUUAUCCUGUGUACUGUGAUGCCAAAGAGAUGUACAAUUUUGUUUUGUAAUCUGUUUCCAUGGAGAGCUGAAUUGAUGACUAUUGAAUAUAUUCAUCUGCAGGUCUCUCUGUCCGCCCAUGCAGGAAUAGCCUUGCUGGCAUUUACAAUGGAAAUGAAAUAAUUUUCCAGCAGAGCGACUGGCUACUUAUUAAUAUCAUCAAAUUGGUGUGGUUCUACGGGCUAAAUUAUAUGCGCAUGUACAUAUGGGGUGAAGACUUGCUGACUAAAUUUGGAAGGUAUGUAUGUUUAAUAGUUAUUUUCAUAUGCAACAUACAGUCAGUGUGUAAUAUAUUAGAAACACCUUCUGAAAAUUCAAUUGCGACAUUCUUUUCCCCUUGAAUAACUUAAAGUAGUACUGACACUUCAUUGGAAAAUAUACCAUUACAUUUACAAUACUGAAAAUUGCCUAUUGCAUAUGAGGAGGGGGACAGGGGCUGAGGCAGGAGGACAUGGGCUGAGGAAGGGGCGGCAGAGGUCAGCAGGAGCAUCAGCCUGCAUACAGUGGAGUCGGCCAGCCACUCCUGAUGAUGUCAGGAGGAGGGGGUGUGACUCCCCAGCGGUCCUGGGAGAAGAGCAGUGAAAGUCACGCCCCCUCCUCCUGACAUCAUCAGGAGAGGCUGGCUGCAGGGAGAGAGGUAAGUUGGAAAAUCUGAGUCCCCAGCCAGAGGCAGGGGAUUCAGAUUUUUCAAUUUUUUGCUGGAUGCGGAUUUUGUGUUGCUUCCAUUUGCGAUGGAAUCGCACUAACUGUUGUCACCUUCUCAUCAAGCUGAUUGGCGAUGGUCUUGUAGCCCAUUCCAGCCUUGUGUAGGUCUACAAUCUUGUCCCUGACAUCCUUGGACAGCUCUUUGGUGUUGGCCAUGGUGGAGAGUUUGGAAUCUGAUUGAUUGCUUCUGUGGACAGGUGUCUUUUAUACAGGUUACAAGCUGAAAUUAGGAGCACUCCCUUUAAGAGAGUGCUCCUAAUCUCAGUUUGUUACCUGUCUAAAAGACAUCUGGGAGCCAGACAUCUUGCUGAUUUAUAGGGGAUCAAAUACUUAUUUCACUCAUUGACAUGCAAAUCAAUUUAUAACUUUUGUGACAUGCAUUUUUCUGGAUUUUCUUUUUGUUAUGUUUAUGUCUUUCACUGCUCAAAUACACCUACCAUUAAAAUUCUAGAUUGAGAAUUUCUUUGUCAGUGGGCAAACGUUCAAAAUCAGCAGGGAAUCAGAUACUUUUUUCCCAUCACUGUAUGCUGUUUUAUUGGUGUGAUGCAUCCUUUCCUAUUUAUAAUAAACUAGAAUACAUGUGAAAGCCAGAGCUGAAUUAAACUUACAGCCGCAAAACUGACAAAUGGCCUACAGACAGUUGUGAUAAUUGGAUCUGACCUUUCUGUUACUGUGACCUGGAACCUUCCAAGCACUAAGCUCUUACUCCCCUGUCCACAGCUGACUCCUCCUUAGUUUUCUUGAUGCUUACCUUUUAUUUUUAUUCCUCCUUAUUUUUUCUUUCCCUUACCUAAUAUACUCCGUUCUUGUUCAUUUGCUCUUGCUCCUCUUUCACUACCACCCCACCAGAUUGUCUGUGAGAAUCCUUCAUUUAUCACAUUACCUGUUGAUAAAGGAUACCUGCCAUACCACAAACUAGUUAUGAUCUUUCAAAACAGCAUCACAUUUAAUCUAUUCAUUGUGGUAGCAGAUUUGCUAGCAAAUGUAUAGUUUAGGAAUAAUCCCCAUUUAAAAACAAAAAAGUAUUUCUUCCACCUUUCACUCAAAUCUUUAGCACAGAGUCUAUGCUGCAGAAUUGACGGACAAGGUAUAGCAGAAAAGACCUCCCACAGGCAGUUCUUCUGCUCUCCCAAUUAUAGCAACAACAUUGAAUGGUUUCUAUGGAAACUCUCUAGCCAUCUCCACUCCAUUCAGAUGCUGGCAACAAAGCCAGUCUGUUGGGGUCAUACAGGAAGUUUUCCACAAAGGACGGACCGGUGGUGGGUGUUACAAGAAGAGUAACACCCAUGAAACUCAGAAGUUGUCGGCGCAGGACCGAUGGUGAGUAUAUCUUGAUAUUUUACAUUAAAUAUAUGUAUUUCAGUGAUACUUGAUGUAUUCAAUGUUUUUGGAGCCGAUUUUAAUGUAAGUAAAAAAAUGUGAUUAUAGGUUUACUUUAACCAGUGAGGAAAGCUAGCCUAUAUAUUACAUCUCUGAAUUUGUUUAUCUUUUAUAUAGUUUACACAGAUUCCGUUCAUUAAAGGGAUACUCUAAGCACCAAAACAAAUUUACUGUUGUAAAAUAUUGAUUUCAUGUUCAUCUUGUGGUGAGUACUCUUGAUAGCUUUGAUUGGAUCCAACGUACACAAGGGUGUGAUACACCCUAGGCUCAAUAGUUUGGAGUGGUACUUCAACCACUCCAUAUUUGUGAGUUUCUUUCCUAUAGGGUUUUAUAUAUAUUGCUUGUGUAUCACAAUGAUGCCCUAGAAUUUUCUUCUGUUUUGUGUUUUAAAUUAUUAAGAAUGUCCAUCCAAUAUUUGUGCAAGUAUAUUCUAUAUUAUUUACUAUAUAUCAGUGUUUCUGGUGACACUUGCAAAUAGGAAGAAUGUUUCCAUUUUGGCUAGAUACAUUAAGUCACUUAUAUAUGUACUAUUUUUUACUCAUGUCUCCACUGUUGAUUUUAUACAUAUUUUAUAUGCACACCUGUAUAUUAGAUUUGUUUGUUCUGGAAAUCUUUAUAUCAGGGAUCAAUAUAGAUUGCUGCAUGUGUUUGAUUACUACACCUUUUUGGGGUGUUGUUACUUGCACUUUAUUCGUUAUUUUUGCGCCACUUUUAUUCAGUUUGGGAUUGUUAAAAUGAUUCCUGACUUGCAUUAUCUAAUUAUGUGCAAGAAAACCCUCAAUCUGUCAUAUAAUCAUGCAGUCUUCUGAAAUCCAUUGUAUCAAGCAAAAAAUGCAUUCAGUAUUCCAAGAUACGUCUAUCAGGAACAGGUUUACGUGAAUCUCUAUUUCUCAUAACAAGCCUCAUAUGUCAUUCAAUCUUAAAGGACCACUAUAGUGCCAGGAAAACAUACUUGUUUUCCUGGCACUAUAGUGCCCUGAGGGUGCCCCCACCCUCAGGGUCCCCCUCCCGCCGGGCUCUAGGGGGAGGAAGGGGUUAAACUUACCUCUUUCUGCAGCGCCGGACGGGGAGCUCUCCUCCUCUUCGGCUGAAUGCGCAUGCGCGGCAGGAGCUGCGCACGCAUUCAGCCAGUCCAUAGGAAAGCAUUUACAAUGGACGCAAGUGUCUUCUCACUGUGAAAAUCACAGUGAGAAGCGCGGAAGCCCUCUAGCGGCUGUCAAUGAGACAGCCACUAGAGGCUGGAUUAACCCAUAAGUAAACCUAGCAGUUUCUCUGAAACUGCUAUGUUAACAGAAAAAAGGGUUAAUCCUAUCUGGACCUGGCACCCAGACCACUUCAUUAAGCUGAAGUGGUCUGGGUGCCUAUAAUGGUCCUUUAAAACAGAACAAUAAUGUAUCUGUUUUUUUUUGUUUUUUUUUGUUUUUUUUAUAAAUAGUUAUAGAACUAAAUCAGUUACAUUCAUUAAGGGGCCAGUGCUAUGGUGCAGGAACAAAAUAAUAAAUCUACAGGUUAUCUACCUGCGAUAAUAGUGUCACCCGCUUGAAAAUGACACAAAAUGUAUGUAUGUCGCUCAAUUAUAAAGUAACUACAUAUUUGUAGAUUUGUACCUAUAAACAUACAGAUAGGGCUUCCUAGACGUUACAAUCUGGAGUAUUCCAAAACAUGUUCUGUUCCCUUCUCCAUCCUGAAAGGAGGAAAGGAUUGCUCUGUGGUGCCGCUUGGCCUUCCUGGAUGAGAUCAUCAAGAUUUCUGAUCUCACAAAUCCAAAGUGAAGCAUUGGGAGACAAGUCAUUUGAUGUAUUAACAAGUUUAACACUUUAAAUGACUUAGCUGUGAAAGCUCCUCAAGUGACUGUCAAGAAGGCAGCCACUAGAGGCAUGUUAACCCUGCAAUGAAAACAUUGCCAUUUCUGCAAAAACAGGCAUUUUCAAUAUAGGGCACUACGCCCAGACCAUUUUGUUAAGAUGAAGUGGUAUGGGUACCUAUUAAGUCCCUGUAAUGUUUCAAUGUUGCCAAUUCAUCAAUUAAACAUAUAUUUUUCUUGUUUUGCAGGAUCUAUCAGUAUCAGAACUAUGACUAUUCAUUUUCCAGCGCAGAAAAGCUAUUUCAUGCCUUGGGGGGCGAGGAUUUAUCAAUAAAAUUAAACAUGACUCUUGAUGAUUCCCUGCAGAAAGCUGGCUGCUCAAAAAAAUACAUUGAUGAAAUUGUAACUCCUGCUAUAAGGCACGAUUUCUCUCAGUUACCCAGAAUCAAUGCAUUUGUUGGUAAGGCCAUUCUUAAAUACAGAAUUGUGCUGAGAACAAAACAAGAUGGCCAGAGAUUGUCUUAAAGAGAAACGUUUUAAUUUAGUCAAUGUAAAUUUCCCUUCAAGUAAUCAAAAUAAAAAUGUUGAGUAAUUUGCAAACUGUAGAGAUGUACAGGGUUAUUAUCGAAAGUGAGAAUUUCCUAUUAGGCUAUUAACAAAUUUAAUUUGAAACUCCCUUCAUGUUAAAUUCUCAUUUAGUGAAUAAUCCUGAUUAUUCUAAAACAUACUUACCUCUGAGGCACACCUGGAUAUUGACAAAGACCUCUGUCUGUGAUGCUCUGCUAUACUGGCAUCUUACGUUCACAAUGCGGUAAAAGCUUGUGAAUUCUUUAUUAUAUCUUCUAGUACACAGUAUGUACAUAUAGAUGUUCACAGGCUGUAUGCAAUCAUUAUUUAUACGGUAUGCCACACUGGGUCUUAAUAGCCUUACAUAUGUUUUUAUAGCCAAGGGAUCUUAAUGGAAACACAAAACCACUCCGUAUUAAAGGAACAUUCCAGGCUAAAAUGUAACAUUUUUCAUGCAUAUGAUGUAUGAGCAGAAAUAAAAUAUUGCAUUCAGCAGAAUUUGCAAAACCUGUUUUUAUAUCCACUUUUCUUUCCACCUUUUACUCUGAUAGAUUGCACUGGACACCUUGCCAGAGAUUUGGGGCUUAAACUUCACCCAGCUCCCAGUUAGGACUGGUUGAUGAGUAUGAAGUAGAUGAUUCUGUGAGAGAAUCGUGUAUUUCAUUGCUGUCCGUACAUCUUAGCACAUAAAAAUAUAAUGAUAUUUUGUUUUGUUUUUUAUGUUACAUGUACUAUUUGCAAACUGAAGUGCAGGUUAGUGUUGGUGUUUACAUUUGCCCGUGCAGGGUUACGUCUGUUAAGCGACACUAUAGCUAGAUGCACUUACAACAGUGGGCUGUGAAAGUGCAAUUUAUUAGAGGUACCCCAUGCACAAACAAAAUGUGAUUUCUAAUACUAGUCUGAGGGCAUUCUAAACUAACCCAGUACAAAAAUAGACCCUCUUCCUCCCCUCAGACGCACACGCCCAGGGAUCACAGCUGAGUGCCACCCCCUUCACUCAUAAAUUACAGGUGGAGGCUUGGCUAGGAGAGCUAUAAAAAUGUGAGGAAAACAAUUCAUGAUUAUUACUGGCAUUCCAUGAUUGUCUGUCUGUCACUUCACCCCCUCCAAAAUUUAGUUUGAUCAGCAUUUUAUUUUUACAGAAAGCAAAUCAAAAGUAAGCAUAGCAGUCAUGGGUACUUUGUCAAAUACAAUAUAGUUAUAAUCAAAGAUAGCAAAGAGCCACUCGUCUACUGGAAUUAAAAGAUAACAUUAUGUGGAUGUCUGAACUAUUUUUUUGUAAAUACUUCAUAGGGAACCCUAUUUACUAUUGCCUUCUUAUGUAGGGCAUGCCAAUUCCAGGGUAUUUAAAUGCCUUUCUCAAAAAGGUGUGCUCAGUUCCCUUAUGCAUUUUGAGACUCUUUGUAUUAACUACACUUCAAUCUUUGCUCUUUAAUCAAUUAGAAAUGUACGUUUAAUAGACCGUGUGCCUCACUUCCUCUUAGGUGCGUUGACAUUGACUGCUACUUAUACUAAGCUCUGGUCAAUUGAAGGUGGUAAUAAGCUUGUCUGUCCAGGCCUUAUUGAAGCCUCGGAGGCCCAACUAAUUAAAGGCACAGUUACCUCUGUGCAGGAAAAGACUGGUGAGUGAACUAAUCCUAUCUAAAGAACAUAUCUAAAGAACUAAUUAAAGGCACAGUUUCCUCUGUGUAGGAAAAGACUGGUGAGUGAGCUAAACAUAUCUAAAGAACACUAUAGUAUGAAUUAAGGAGAGAGAUACAAUGUACACUGGUAGAUUCCCUAUGGUUCUGUUUUUCUGUGUAAAAGAUUACAAACUUCAGAAUAAUGUUUACUGUAAGCAUAGCUCCAAAAACGGGUCCCCUGGACACCAUUAAUAUUAUGGAGGAAAGCAAAUUAGUUUCCUCUUUCCCCACUGCAAAUGCCAAGAGAGAGGAGAAUUAUUAACCGAACCUGGGGGUUUACCUGGUAGCCUCCUGUUUUUUCUUCAUCCCUUUGUCUUUGAGAUGAUGAUCAUAAUGUAAAGAGAUAUUGCCAGGUGGCCUGAAUCCCACAUACACCAUUACACAUUCCUAUAUUGGUCCCAUACGUCUAUUUAACUUCACACAGAUUGAGGGACACUCCAUUUUCCUUUCUUCAUAUCCAGUAAUUCAGAAAGCAAGUUACAUCUGGAGGAAUGUGUCCAGUGACAUUGGUACCCGCUUGCUCCAUGACACUGCCUCCGCUAAUUGUCACUCUCCUUCCAGGCAGUGCUCCCGUUGUUCAGUCGUCCCUAUUCCUCUCAUUCAUUAUAUUUUUUGUUUGUGGAGCCUUCUGUUUGUCGGAUCUUUAUUGUUAGUGUCAUGCUCCCUACUACAUGCUGUAGUAAUGAAGUAACACAACUAAGGAAGCACGCUAAAGAAUAUAAAACAUUAGAAAAUAUGUGCAGCCAACGAUGCCUGUAAAAAGGUAGCAGCUAUAGCAUUAGAAGACACUUCCCCUUUAAAUGUCAAAGAAGCAUCACCUAAAAAACACAAAUUUGCCAAUAUUAAAAUAUGAAUCAAACAAGUCUAGCAUAAUAUUACUUUCAUCUAAUUUUGUUAAGAAAUAUAUUUUUAAUGAAAACAAAUAAAAAAACAGAAAAACUCAUCCUUACUUUUAAUAUAUGACACGAUUGUUCAGUCGUAUACACACACACCUUGGGACAGACCGUGUUUGAAACUCAUCCGUUAGUCUCUAGUCUUCCCUGCUGCUGUGCGACAGAGACUUGAAGAAGCACAUCUCCAUUUAUUUACCCCUUCCAUCCCUUCUUUGACACUUACAGCGAGGAAGUAAUUGUUUAGUGUGACCCUUUGAAAGUGUUCAUAUUCAAUUUUUAUUUUUUCUGUCAUCCAUUUUGAGAACAAUUGGACAUGACAAAGUUAUGUACCGUAUAUACUCGAGUAUAAGUCGACCUGAAUAUAAGUCGAGACCCCUAAUUUUACCCAAAAAACUGGGAAAACUUAUUGACUCGAGUAUAAGACUAGGGUGGGAAAUGCAGCAGCUUCUGGUAAAUUUCUAAAUAAAAUUAGAUCCCCAUUAAUUGAAUAUUUAUUUUGUGUAUAUAAUGAAUGCAGAGUGUGUGUGUGUGUGUGUGUGUAUGAAUGUAGUGUGUGUGUAUAUGAAUGCAGUGUGUGUAUGUGAUGCAGAGUGUGUAACCUUGGUGGGGGCUGGGCAUUUUUAUUAUUUUUUUUAAUUAUUAUUAUUAUUAUUUUAAUAUCCCAUUUUGUUUUUUUUAAUAUUAUUAUUUUUAUUUUAUUUUAAUAUUAUAAAAAUUUGUAUUAUAUUAUUAUUUACAUUUUUGUUUAUAUUUUUUUGUCCCCCCUCCCUGCUUGAUACAUGGCCAGGGAGGGGGGCUCUCAUUCCCUGGUGGUCCAGUGGCAUGGGCUGUGUAGGAGGGGGGCUGGCAGCGAGCUGUAACUUACCUUUCUUGCAGCUCCUGUCAGCUCCCUUCUUCUCCGUUCCGGUCAGCUCUCUUCUCCUCCACUGUAAGUCUCGCGGUCUGAGUGCCGCGCGGAGCGGAGACUUACUGAGACUUACUGUGGAGGAGAAGGGAGCUGACAGGAGCUGCAGGAAAGGUAAGUUACAGCUCGCUGCCGGCCCCCAACAGGACCGACGGGCUUGUAAUGUGCCCGGCGGUCCUUGUCUGUAUUAUGGCAAUGUAAGUUGCUAUAAUACAGACAGUGACUCGAGUAUAAGACUAGUGGGGGUUUUUCAGCAGAAAAAAUGUGCCGAAAAACUUGUCUUAUACUCGAGUAUAUACGGUAUGUCCUGUCAUGUUUAAGACUAUGGUUUGAGAAAGCAGUGUAAUUAAAAUCCUUACCUCACUAUGGUUUUUUUUUUCCUUGCAGGAGGUAUUGAAAAACUGUACAAAUUGGGUUAUGAGACGAGCACUGGUCCCCAUCUGGGCAUGUAUAACAUUGUGAUCAUAGCAGCACCUAUUAAUAAAGAAAUAUCCAAUAUCAAUUUUGAUGGCUUCAGUCCUCCCAUAGAUACCUCCUCUAAUAGCUACAUUCAGACUGUCACCACAUUUGUUCACGGACAAAUUAACAGUUCUUUCUUUGGUUUUAUAGAACCGUCCCAACUUGGACUUACAGACAUUUUAACCACAAAAAAUCCCAAGUUGUUUUUUGACAGUAUUGGUCUUGGGGAUCCAGUGAAAGGACCACCUGGAACUUUACAACCCACCGGUCAAAAGGUGUGGAAGAUUACCUCUCCAGAUCCACUAACAAAAGAUCAACUUAAUCUGCUGUUUACAUCUUACCAUGCAGUGAGUGCAAAAAAGUGGCUGGCAUUUCCUCAGUACAACCCUCCAGGAAAACUGCCACCUAUUAUACUUCAUGAUCAGAUCUAUUACAUUAACAGCAUAGAAUUGGCAGCAAGUGGUAUCGAAUUAAGUGCUCUGUCUGCCAAGAAUGUAGCCCUGCUUUCCUAUCAUAGGUGGUUUGGUAUUAAUGGACAGAUUGACCAAGAGGACUUGGUGGAGCGAUUCAAGUCUGAAUUGUAA